UCUGUAAAGAAUAUGUUCAACAUCAUUGGUGCAGUUGUUCUUGAUUGCUGUUUGUUACCAUUAAUUCUUAUUUUUUCGUCAAUCAAUAGAUGUCGAAAAUGUCAACAGUUUUGUACCGUAAACCGGUUGGAUGUAGCGCCAUUGAUGGACUGCAAUUAAUAUCAUCUCGUUUUUUGAAGUUAGGAGGUUGCACACUGUUCUAUUCGUAUGUGGGCUCCAUAUGAAUCUUCUGACCAGACCAUUACUUUGUUUGUAACAGAUUCUGUUCGCAUAAAAGCAGUUGGUGGCCCGAUAACUAAAGUGGCGUGUGUAGGUGAAGGACAAAGUGUUGGGCAGAUGUCAUUCACUUGGUCGGCAGCCACCAAUGAAUCUAAAGGCCAGUCUUCGCCAUACUCCGGCAAGCGGCAGAAAACAUCGCAGUACGACGACUCCAUAGAUACAGCGGCAUCGCCUGGGAUUUAUACUGAGGUAAAACCUUCAAUCAGUCAUUACUCAGAUGUGAAGACACUGGCGAUUCAAGACAUGUCUCACAAUUUCCCGGGUAACACUUCAAUCUCCAACUGGGACAUCGAUGGCGGGCUCGCAGCAGACUUUGAUGGUUCACUAUCGGGACUCGGGGCGGAACUCGGGUCCACCACUUACAACAUGAGUGAAGCUCUGAUGGCAUUACCUGUGUUUAAGCAAGAGAAUCUUGACAAUGGUUACCAGUAUAUUCUCGGAGCUGCGACGUCCCCAGCGGUCAAAGUGAAUGAGGAAACUCUUACGUACUUGAACCAAGGCCAGUCGUACGAGAUUAAGUUGAAGAAAUUGGGUGAUCUCACGGACUACGAGGGCUAUCUUAGGAGCACAGUUCGAGUGAUGUUUCAUGACAGGAGACUACAGUAUAUGGAGAAAGAACAGCUGGACACAUGGAUGAACAUGAGGCCAGGAGAGAGAAUUCUUGACAUUGAUAUUCCCCUGUCAUACGGACUGCUGAGUGUCCAUGUUAACCCAAACAGUCUCAACGCCAUAGACUUCAUCUGGGAUCCAACAAAAGAGACAGGAAUCUAUGUCAAAGUGAACUGUAUUAGCACAGAGUUUACGGCAAAGAAACAUGGAGGAGAAAAGGGAGUGCCAUUCCGUCUGCAGGUCGAGACAAAAGAAACUGAGGAGGAUGACGCCAAGUUGGUCCACUGUGCUUCAUGCCAGGUCAAGGUUUUUAAGCCCAAGGGGGCGGACCGCAAACACAAGACGGACAGGGAGAAGAUGGAGAAAAGGACCGGCUCAGAUAAAGACAAGUAUCAGCCGUCCUAUGAAUGCACUGUUCUUACUGAGAUCCCCAUUGACCAGGUUGUCCAGUCAGUGUGUGAGAGAAAUGGCAUGACAGCUAGCGGCUCGUUUGGCAGUCUUGCACAGGCAUUCAAAGAUCAAAGUACGCCCAGUCAGAAGUACAAGCCUCCUAGUAGCAGCAGCAGUAACGGGGGACUGGAUCAGUGGCGAUGGCAGGGGCAGGGAAGUUCACCCCCGGGAAGCUGCAGCAGACCAAAUCUUGAGAAUCAAGCAAAACACAGACUUACCCCAUCCCCAGUCGAGCGACAGAAAUCGGAACCCCCAUCUCCCUUCCAUUCUGAGUAUGGCUCGGCUAUCGAUGUGCCGGAGUGCAUGCACGUGGAUGCAACAGCCAAGGAAGUAACAGCAUGGCUACAGGCAAACAGAUUCUCAAAUUAUAUCAAUGUUUUUCAGAAUUUUGCAGGAAGUGACAUUUUACGUCUCACCAGAGAUGAUUUGAUACAGAUCUGUGGACUGGCUGAUGGGAUCCGACUUAAUAACGCCCUCCAAUCAAGGAGUGUUCGACCCCGCCUUACUGUUUACAUGUGUCAGGAACCAGAUACUGUGUACAAUGCGGUGUAUCUAGAACAACUAUCGUACGCGGAGUUGAUGCAAAAAAUCUCAGAUCUCAUCAACAUUCAAACCCAGUAUAUCAGCGAGAUUGUUAUACAGGGUCCUUCAAACAUCCACAUCAUUCUCACAGAUGAGGUGGUUAGAAAUUUUCCAGAUCACUCAAGAUUCUGGCUGGAGGUCAAACAAGAGGACGAUAAUGCCAACACUGUGAAAGUGCUCCUGAAAACUAUAGAAUGAACACAGAGAGUUUAAAAGUUGCUUCAGGGAUUUUCCUUUGAAAACAUUUCCAAUGUUGGCCACGAGCUUCUAAGCCUGGACUAUAGCUGCAGUUUUGAGUGUGGUCAUAGAUGUGGCCAUACAGUAACUGUUGCCUGAGUGUUUUGUAUAAAAGAGUGUGAGUGUCUGCUGGACUUUGUGGUUUGCUCGCCGGGAUAGGUCUUAUUUGAAUACAAUGGGACCUUCUUAUUACCAUGCGUACGACAGAAUAUUCUAAAAUCAAGAAAUUCAGUUAAAUGUGAAGCCAGUUCAGCUGUUAGUUUCAAAAUAGAUAUUCUUACUACCGUAAAUGACUGGGUAUAAGAUGAUAGGGGGUAUUAGACACAGGAAAAAAAAUCUGUGAAAAGUCCAAGAAAAAAACUUUUAAUCUAUGUUUUUGGUUUAAAGACGCAUAGAAAAGAUGUCAAAUCUUCUGGCAUUUUCGGCCGCCAUGUUUUUUGACAGUGACAAACAUUUUUUUUUUUUCGGGAAAAUGGCGACGGUUAUCUUUAAAAUCAUACAAUGAUAAACUGUCGAAAAUAAAAAGUUAAGUAAUGCAUAAACCUUAUAUUGUACGGGUUUGUUCUCAAAAUGUCAACACCUACAGAAAAGAAUAAAGAAUGUGACAAAGUGCAAAAAAAACAAGACCAUUAUCGCAACAGUUUGUAGUAUUGGUAUGUUAAACAGGUUAAAGGCAGUCGAGUUUUUCACACCUUCUCGUACAACUGACAAAAAAUAUUUUGACAGUGCCCAACUUUGCUUUUUAUGCCCCCACAAAGUGGCGGCAUAUAGGGUUGCCCUUGUCCGUACGUACGUACGUACGUCCCGAAGAUUGUUUCCGAUCUAAUUGUUGAAAACCGUUUGUCCAAUCCUCACCAAACUUUAAACACAUGUUUGUGACCAUAAUAUCUUGAUCAAGUUCGAUAGUCAUGGAAAUCGCUUUAGUCAUUUAGGAGUUACGGCCCUUUUUUGCCAAAAAUUCCUGAAGAUUGUUUCCGAUCUAAUUCUUGAAAACCGUUUGUCCAAUCCUCACCAAACUUUAAAUACAUGUUUGUGACCAUAAUAUCUUGAUCAAGUUCGAUUGUCAUGGAAAUCGCUUUAGUCAUUUAGGAGUUACGGCCCUUUUUUGCCAAAAAUACUUCAAAAAUAUAUGUUUCCAAUCUAAUUCUUGAAAAGUAUGUGUCCAAUCCUCACCAAACUUUACAUACAUGAUUGUGACCAUAAUAUCUUGAUCAAGUUCGAUAGCCAUGGAAAUCGCUUUUGUCAUUUAGGAGUUACGGCCCUUUAUUUGCAAAAAAAGACUUGAAAAAUACGUCCCGAAGAUUGUUUCCGAUCUAAUUCUUGAAAACUGUUUGUCCAAUCCUCACCAAACUUUUAACACAUGUUUGUGACCAUAAUAUCUUGAUCAAGUUCGAUAGUCAUGGAAAUCGCUUUAGUCAUUUAGGAGUUACGGCCCUUUUUUGCCAAAAAUACUUCAAAAAUAUGUUUCCAAUCUAAUUCUUGAAAAGUAUGUGUCCAAUCCUCACCAAACUUUACAUACAUGAUUGUGACCAUAAUAUCUUGAUCAAGAUUAAUAGCCAUGGAAAUCGCUUUUGUCAUUUAGGAGUUACGGCCCUUUAUUUGCAAAAAAAGACUUGAAAAAUACGUCCCGAAGAUUGUUUCCGAUCUAAUUCUUGAAAACUGUUUGUCCAAUCCUCACCAAACUUUUAACACAUGUUUGUGACCAUAAUAUCUUGAUCAAGUUCGAUAGCCAUGGAAAUCGCUUUAAUCAUUUAGGAGUUAGGGCCCUCAGAUUAUCCUGAAUAAUCAUUAUGGCUUAUUUUCUGUGACAAAAAAUCGAAGUGGGGGCAUCCGUGUCCUAUGGACACAUUUCUAGUUUAUAUGCAAGUUUAAUUAUUGUUCAAUUCAAUUUAUUAUUCAAAAUAAUAUUGAAUAACUUUAAUCAAAAAAUAUUUUUGUUUAAACUAUAAACGUCUUACGAUAUACUGUAUCCUGAUCUUCAACUGCCGUUUUAACGAUCAAUAUGACGCGAGUAACAUCCCUUUCUACGUAAAUCUAAACAAACUCUCGGCUUAAAAUCGACCUCAGAAAAAAAGUUAAAAAAAUUGUUACUGGGUAUUAUUUAUACUCAGGCAUUUUUUUGCAUCGAAAUCUGAGGGAAAAAAGGGCGUCUAAUAUACCCAGUCAUUUACGGUAAUUAGAAAUAUCAAUUUCAAAAUUUGAUAAUACAAUAUGGGUGUUAAUAUGAUGAGCUCAAUGUAACAAUCUGAUGAAUGUGUGUUUGACAAAAUAUUGAUUUGGUAUUAACGUAUUAUCACAAAUUAAAUUGCAAAUUUAAUUGCAAAUUCAAAUAAUCUUUAAAACUUCAUUCUUAGAAUUUGUUUUGGAAUAUAUAUAUAUAUAUAUAUAUAUAUAUAUAUCAUUACUGCUCAGGGAUAUAGAUUUGAAAAGAAGAAACUAUGAUGAGAUUGUUCAGACUCCCCAAUGCGAAUGUUUGAAUGUAUAGGGCACAUGUGUACGAAAUGUGAAAAACUGUCAGUGGUAAUGAUUAUACACACAAAUGUGAAAUGCUCCCAAUUUUAUGAAGGACAGAUGUACUGCAAUGAGGGAUGUGAUUUGGAAAAUACUUCUUCAGACAAAUAAGACAGAAACAAAUAUCGAAAAGGAGUUCUAAAGUAGUAAUGCUUUGUGACACUAUAUUGUAUGUUUUUUAGCUCACCAUAGCACAAAGUGCUCAGCGUGUGCUUUUGUGAUAAGGUGAUUGUUGUCUGUUCCUUUGGUGAUCCACUUCCAGAUAAUAAAAGUUGUUCCAUGUUCCAUCACAACCAAAAGGAAAAACUUAGAAUUUUUUCUUCACAGAAAUCGCUGGCCAGAUUUCAAAAUAAUUCCACAGUAUCAAAUUCCUUCACCCCUCCAACACCCUAUGUUUAUUAAGAAAAAAACAUGGCAACUAGGGGGCAGCGCUACUUUUCACUAUAUAUGUCUAAAUGGAAAACUUUGAAAAUCUUCUUAGAAUCCCAAUUUGGAAUAAUUUUACAGUAAUGAUCAUUGGGUGACCCUCUAUCAAAUCUCUUCACUCCAUGUUAUGGGGUAAUUUAGAAAAAUAACAUGGCUGCCAUAUAUUUCUAUAUGGAAAACUUUGAAAAUUUCCUCAGAAUCCACUGGCCCUAUUUUGAAAUAAUUUCACAUUUCUUCAUGGUAUUCUUUCAAUUUUUAGCUCGACUAUUCGAAGAAUAGGUGGGCUAUACUACUCGCCCCAGGGUCGGCGUCUGCGUCCGGUUGAAGUUUUAGGGCAAGUUGGGAUUUUCACUUAUAAGUCCAAUACCCUUCAUUCAAUUGACUUAAUACUUCACACAGUUGUUCAGGGCCAUCAUAUGAUGAGGUUAGAUAACUAACUCCAUAUUAUGUGUUACACAGAUUAUGGCCCCUGAUUGACUAUGGAACUUAGGUUAAAGUUUUAGGGCAGGUUGGGUUAUUUAUUAAUAACUUCUUUACCCUUUGUUCAAUUGACUUAAUACUUCACACAGUUGUUCAGGACCAUCACACAAUGAGGUUACAUAACUCCAUAUUAUCCUUAAUACAAGUUAUGGCCCCUGAUUGACUUAGGUUAAAGUUUGAGGGCAGGUUCAAGUUUUUGGGCAAGUUGGGAUUUUCACUUAAAACUCCAAUACCAUUCAUUCAAUUGACUUAAUACUUCACACAGUUGUUCAGAGCCAUCACAUAAUGAGGUUAGAUAACUCCAUAUUAUCUUUUAUACAAAUUAUGGCCCCUGAUUGACUAUGGAACUUAUGUUAAAGUUUUAGAGCAGGUUGGGAUAUUUAUUAAUAACUUCUAUACCCUUCAUUCAAUUGACUUAAUACUUCACACAAUUGUUCAGGACCAUCACCCAAUGAGGUUACAUAACUUUAUAUCCUUAAUACAAGUUAUGGCCCCUGAUUGACUUAUGAUGAUGUAAGUUUUAGGCAAGUAAAAGUUAAGGGCAAGUUGGGAUUUUAAUAAAAAAAACUUCUAUACCGUUCAUUCAAUGCACUUAAUAAAAUUCAAAAUUAUUUACGACCAUCUUACAACAAGAAACAUAACUCCAUUUUAACCCUAAAUACAAAUAAUGGCCCUUGAUUUUUUUUUGAUUUUUUUUGAAAGGCAUAUUUGUAAUUCUUAACCACAUUUCAAUAAUGGGAAAUCAAGAUCUUUGAAUGACUUGCAUCAUUGUUCGGGCGGGCUGGUGGGAGGGCAGCAUCAGUCACCUUAUGUAUCGAAUAAUUUUAGUUAGGUUUGACAUAAAGAGACCAAACUUGGUAAUAUUACAGCAUUAUUGUAUUCACUUCUAAGUCAAAGCGGCGUAGUCGAGCGCGCUGUCUUACGACGGCUCUUGUUUCUCCUCAGGAUCCUUUUGCUGGAUUAAUAAUUUCACACUCGGUCAAAUUUCUUCACCCAAUCUUGAUUCAUAAAAAAUACAUAGUUGCCAGGGGCUAGUUACCACUAUAUGUCUGUAUGGAAAACUUUUAAAAUCUUCUUUUAAAUAAAAACUGUUGAUCCGUUUAUCCGUUUCAAAAUAAUUUCCUAAAUUGUUCCUAAGGUGGCACUAUUAUCAAAAUUAUUUAUUGAAAUUAUUUUAUUGUUUUACAAAUAUUUAAGAUAUGAACUUGAAACUUUAUGAAGUUAUUCACAGUAACAAUGUGCUCUUUUAUUAUAUAACUCCAACUGAAAUAUUGUAAAAGUAACUUUUUAAAUAAAUACAUAUUUCAUACGCCAUUUCAAUAAAUGGCAGGUGUGACGCUUUGUUGUCCAAUAAAUAAAUAACUUUAGAACCCUUUGUCCAAUCAUGACCAAAUUUGCUCAGCAUGUGUAUGGGUAUAAUAUCUUAGACAAGUUCCAUAACCAGCCAUAAUUCUCAAAAACUCGAGCGUAUCACCCUUUAAUUAUAAAAAUUACCUAAAAUAGGUCUUGUCUGAUCAAUGACUUGAGAAGCCUUUGUUUAAUCAUCACCAUAUUUGGUCAAAAUGUGUAUGGGCAUAAUACCUUGGACAAUUUUGAUAACUAGCUAAAUUGCUGUUAUCCCCCAUGAGUUAUUGCCCUUUAAAUUUAGAAAUGUCUAAAGCACCAUUUAAGUUUUACUCCGGUUAGCGAUAUACAGCCAUGUUGGGCCCUCUUGUUUAUUGUUACACUGAAUCAAUUGCUAGAUUUCUAUUAUUCUGUAUAAUGAAGAACAUGUACUGUUACUUUUUUCUUGUUGUGGACAUAGUUCAAGCUUCAGAACAUGCUACACUUUAAGUGUAUACAUGCAUUAUAGGAUCUACAUGUGUACUAGCAGCUUCGAUUGAUGCAUUAACAUGCUUAAAUUAUAUCCAAGAGUUUGCUUCAAUUAUUUAAACAUUACGUAUAAAUGCACUCAAGAAACUUGAGAAAAAAACACUGAAAAAACGAAGGACUAGUCAGUCAUUAAAUUUUAGCUUACAAGAGAGAAUGAGGGUAAUAGUAUAUAAUUUUUCUUUUGUUAUGUUCUGUAUGUGCUAAUAAAAACAUGGAACUAAUUGUUAAAGGUUACAUGUUACAAGGAUGGGUAUGUAGGCUAAUUUAUAUUUGCACCCAAGCAAGGCCUAUUCAGCGAGUGGUUUGAUAAGAUUGUAUGUCAUUUUUAGGUUUUUUUGGAGCAUAGUCCACAGACAGAAUGUUACCCUGGUUAGAGCUACCCUGGUUCUUUAACAUGCAACAGUGUAUAGCUCUGUCUCAUGGGAGCCCCAAUUUAAGGUCCCUCCAAGAAGACAAUAAGUAUUUUUUCAGUGGUACAGUAGGGAAUCAAACCUUUGAUCACUGAAUUGGACAGUCAAGUGUGUAACCGCUGGACCACAGUUCCGCCACUAAGGGGGCCUUGGUCCGUAGUCUAUAUCAUUUUUAUCCUUAUCCUUAGAAAUGCCUCAGUGAGUCCAAUUCCAUUCAGUCAAUUGGCCAGUUAUUUUUAAAGUUCAAUUAAAACAGCUAAAUUUUAAUCUUAAACUGAAGUGAAAUCUAAGGUGGUUAUUAUUAAUUACAGUGAAGGGAGGUGUUGUAGAAAAUUUGAUUUGUUCUCCUCUUUCAUACAUUUAUGGGUAGUUUAUUUAUUUGGAAAUGGGAGACACCUCAAUGUUUUGUUUUAAUAAGGCUUUCUUGUUGAUGAUAUUCUGUCACAAUUUUACCUAAAAAAAUCAACAGUAAAAUCCCAAACAAUCUUCACCUACCUACAUUAUUAUUUCGAGGGAGUGAAUUUGGAAACUUAUAAUCAUUUGUUUAAUUGUCCUGAAUGCACAGAAUAUUUGUUUCUUUACUUGUAAUAUUUAAAAAAAGGCAGCAUUUUGUACAUAAAUGUACUUUGAAAAAGAAAAAAAGAAUAAUUUAAGUACAUGUAUCAUGACUUUAAGUGGUUGAAACUUGCACAAGCCUGCGUGCCCUGUGCUGAUAAACGCUUUCCUGGCUUGCUCAAAUUCUGGAUUUAAUUUCGGAGCAGGGCUUGUUAAGCAGACUGAUGGCAAGGACUAUUGUAAGAAUCCUGAUGUCUUAAUUUGAUGAAUGGUCUUUGCAAGAAUGUAUUAGAUUAGCUUUCAUUUUUCAUUUGUUUAUCAUGCAAUAUUGUUGUUAAAGAAUGCAAGACUAAGUCCUUUCGUUAACAAUCAAAAACUCUUAUUACAUAACUGUGAUUACAUUUAAAACUUGCAUUGAAGAAGAAAUUAAGAUUGAAGCAUUUUUAUUCUGUUUUUCAACAAAAAUGAUCAGUUUUAUUCUAUAAGAGAUAGAUUAAUGAAAUGUACAUACAUUGUUGCGCAUUAUGAAAUGUGUUGUUUUAUAUUAGAUUUUAUAUUUUAUAAAAAAAAAAAAAUGUGCAGUAAUUUGAUCAUUAUUAGUGUUGUUUACCUUUGCAUGGGUUUUUAUGGUUCAAUUUGAUGUUGUUGCAUGUUUUAAUAGGCAAUUAUAAGUGUGGAUAUUAUCAACCUUUAAAUUAUUAGUGAAAUAUAAAAUGUUAUAUCAAUUUAAUAUUUUUCGCUGUUUUAAAGUUUUAGCCAACUAUCGCCUCCCUAUCAAAUGUUGGCACACACAGGGCAGGUAAAAAAAUAACGUUUGCAUACAAUUUUGUGUGGUUUUCUGAAAAUUAACAAUUAAAUGUCAAUUAUAUCCUUUUUAGGCAUAUCAUAAAAAAAAUAUUUAUGUUAGAUUGCAAAUUGUUAGAUCGCAAUAAAUUUCACCUCCUGAAAUUCAAAAGUAAGCCAUUUAUUAAUUAUAACUUUUAAUUUUCACUUGGUGAAAUAUAUUUUACUCCUACUCAGAAACAAACAGUAACUGUUAUUCUCUAUUUAAUUGUAAGGAAUCCACUUUCCAUACAUGGUAUUACUGAAUUAAGCGUCUGAAUUUCAAAGCUAACUGUUGGUAGCACAGAACAAAAACAUUCAGCAAACCUUUAGGGUAAACAAAAUUCAUUGCCAAGCUUUUGUGUGGAAUUACAGGGGUAAGAAUCUUCCACAGAGUCACAGAUUUCCAUAAUAUAUCGUCUCCUAGGAAAAAAUCUCGAAACAACUUGUACGAUUAUCUCUUAAUGAAAUCGUAGGCUCUUAUAAUGUUUCAAGCCCUCGGGACUCGCAGAGUAAAGUUCUGAGAAUUUUAUGCCCCCCAACGGAAGAAGCAUAUAGUUUCAUCUUUUUAUUUCACAUUUGUCGGGAGAAUAACUUCAAAAGUACUGACCAAUUAAAAUAAAACUUUGGUGUAUAGAUAGAUGCCUUUUACAUGUUCUAAAAUGUUUGACUAUCAUAUUCACGAUAACAAACUACUAUUUUUGCAUUGUGGGAAAUUGUUCAACUUGUGUACAAUAAUGCUUCAACUAUAUUGUAUUACAAUUUCUGCCUUUUUUUGAAAAUGGGUCUUUGGGGAGUAUCCAUAGCUUCCAGUGAUAAUAUUGUUGUUAUCAGACUUUCUCACCGCCUGGGGUAUGAAGAUGGUUUACUACUGUUUGCUGUAUAAUUAUACUGAUACUUAGAACAUGUUGUGUAUAUUGCUGGCUUAACAUUUAUAAUGCAAAUAUGUACAGACUUACUUGUUUGAUCAUGUAUAUCGUAAUUAUUCUUGGUUUAUUUGUGAAUAUGAAAUACAUUAUAAAACAGUUUUUAACAAUUCUCUUAGCAUACCUUUCAUUAAGUCAUUACAGAAGUCAUUGUAACAAAAAACACCAUCAGCAUCAUUGUCAUCAUCAUCAUCAUCAUAAUUAUCAUCAUCAUCAUUGUUCUAAUCAUUAUCACCAACUCCACCAUCAUCAUCAUUGUUGUCAAAUCACCAUUAUCAUUUUCGUUAUCAUCGCCGCCGUCAUCAUCUUCAUCAUCAUCUGGCCAAUUAUUCACAACAACGAUGUUAACAGCAUCAUUUUUAACAUUUAAAGGUGAACUAUUUUGUAACAUGCUCAAUUAUUUUGAUAAAACAUGUACAUCAGAAUCAGGAUUCCCGAACCUUGUUAGAAAUACUUCACAUCCAAGGCGUGUUCAUGUUUGUGGCAGAGGCGCAAAGAUUUAAAAGUUAACAAUGAUGAUGCUAACAUCGUUAACUUUAACACAGAUCUGAACAAUUGGCCCACAGAAAUGAAUUGGAUUACCAACAUUAUUGAAAAGAUGAUUUACACCAUUUCUUACACAUACUGUCUUUAUCAUACUUGAAUUAGUUUUGUUUUGACAAUAAUGAACUCUUUAAUAAACCCAUUUUCCAUUAUAGCUCAUAACAAUUUAUUAUAUGGCCAUUUUUUUAUUAAGCUAUCAAUACAGCUUUGGGAUUGCACAUUGUUUUACUUCAUAAAGAUCCAUUAUUUCUCUAGAUUUUUUUGAUUUUUUUUUUAAACUUUUUACAUUUUGGCCAAAAAUGUUCUUGAAAAAUAUCAUUGACAAUUUAACAUAAAUGUUCAUUACUUUUGUUAUGUGAGAAUAAAAAAUGUGAAACUCC